AUGUCGCGCAGCUCCGCGCCGGGUCGCCAGCAGCAGCUGGGCCACACGCCGUCUCCACAGCGCCGUUUUCGCCGCCGUUCGCCAUUGCCGCCGCCACGACGUCCGCGCCACCGAGCCGGCACCGUCACCAAGCGUAUCAUCGAGAAGUCGACCUCAACUGUGGUCUAUCCGGUUCUCGUCCGCAACGACUACACCGACUGGUCACUUGUCAUGAAGGUGAACCUCCAGGCGGCGGAGCUGUGGGAUGUCAUCGAGUCCGGCGACGGCGACUUCCCUACCGACCGCAAAGCUCUGGCCGCGCUCCUUCGAGCUGUGCCUCAGGAGAUGAGGGCGGGGCUGGCCGUCAAGGAGACUGCACGCAAGGUGUGGGACGCGAUCUGUUUGAUGCGGAUGGGCACCGAUCGAGUCAAGGAGGCAAACGCCGAGAAGCUGAGGCAGGACUUCGCCGACAUCACAUUCAAACCCGAUGAGCUUGUAGAAUAUUUCGCCUUGCGUAUUAACACCUUGGCAAAUGAACUGCGAGUUCUCGGGGAUCCCGUGACGGAGAAGGAGGAAGCCACCGGACACCUGCGCGCCGUCGAGCAUCGCAAGAAGAAGGUGUCUGGUGGGAAGGACAGCGUCAGCCGCCUGCUUCUCACGGAGGAGUGGACCGCCCGCAUAAAGAAACGCGACGGCAGCAGCUCCGGCGCAGGAUCCGGUGGCCGCGAGCGCCGGAACAGCGGCAAGCCGCUGCGCGAGCGCGGUCAAGACAGCAGCAAGGCGUCCGCGUCCAAGGCGGGCCCAACGAACGUCUGCGACUACUGCGGGAAGAAGGGCCAUUGGGCCGUUGAAUGCUGCAAGAAGAAGCGUGAUCAGGCCCAGGCCUUUGUGGCCCAAGAAGAAGAGGAGGACCAGGCUCUGCUGAUGGCCCAUGCCGUCGUCCUCAACACCGAUCCGCCCUCGGUCGCUGAUUGCCGCAAGAAAAGGGGCACUGAUUUGCCCCCAAGUGCCCAGGCUCCACCGCCGCCGCCAUCGGAGCGCAUCGUCGUCGUCGAGCAGAAGGUCUACGGCGAUCUGGGGCCUAGGGAGGAGGGAGAUGAUCACCUCUGGGUCCUGGACACUAGGGCCACAAACCACAUGACCGGUUGCCUCCACGCCUUCGCCGAGCUUGACUCCAAGGUGUGCGGCAAUGUCCGGUUCGACGACGGCUCCAUGGUGGAGAUCGAGGGCGCGCAGGACCAUUGUGUUCAUCUGCAAGAACGGCGAGCACCGAGCACUAACGGGGGUCUACUACAUCCCAAGCUCAAGGCGAACAUCAUCAGUCUCGGUCAGUUGGAGGAGACAGGCUGCCGCGUCGUCCUCGAUUCCGGUGUGCUGACCAUCCACGACCCCAGCCGACAUCUUCUCGCCAAGGUGGAUCAGGUGUGCGAUGGGUGCCUCAUUGGCAAGCAGCGGCGCGCAUCAUUCCCGGCGCAGGCGAAGUACAGAGCAGAGCAUGCCAUCGACCUUGUCCACGGCGACCUCUGCGGCCCGAUCACUCCAGCCACCCCGAGCGGUAACAAGUACUUCCUGCUCCUUGUUGAUGACAUGAGCCGGUUCAUGUUGCUGCGCAUGCUCUCGAGAAAAGAUGAAGCCCAUGCUACUAUCAAGAACUUCAAGGCGGCUGUGGAGGCGGAGACGGGGCGCAGGCUGAAGACGCUCCACACUGACCGUGGGGGGGAGUUCACGUCCAUCGAGUUCGGGCAGUACUGCGUCGAGCAUGGCGUCGAACGCCACCUCACCGCUCCCUACUCUCCCCAAUAG